GCUCCCACUCCCUCUCUCUGAGUGUACUUCCCCUUUAAGACCCAGCAUCUGUUAGGAAGCCCCUGCACUCAGCUCCUCUGUCUGCCUCACCACAAGGGCUUUCUGAGGGGGGCAGCAGGACAGUUCUCUGUACCGUUGGAUAGAUUCACCACAGGGAGUGUGUGUAGCGUGGCGGGUCAUUUAGAGGAGAAAGGGUGUUAUUCGGGAUCUACAGGGUGUUGAUAUUAACUAUACCUGUCUGUGGCAUACACCUGUUCUCUAAUCACAUGAUGAUAAGGAGUUUUAUAAGGAGUUUCUCCUUCACAGGGAACCGACGACUGAAUCUCUUGUCCUACAAAGGCUUCCUGCAGUUUAAUGGGAGCUGUGGAAGUCUCUGUAGCAGUGGGGGUGAAGGUCUGGCACACUAAAGCCAACUGUGGAGGAACACAACCACCACAACCGCAACCAUGGAUGACCUGGUCAAUGACUCUGCUGUGCGGCCGCUGCUGUCGGAGGCACGUCUCAUCUACGCCAUCACCGUGCCCCUGUCCACCACCAUCAUCCUGGCCAACCUGGUCAUCAUCCUGGGCAUCUCUUGUAACCGUCAGCUCUACAACACCCCAAACUACUUCUUCCUGAGCCUGCUAGUGGCUGACCUGUGUACGGGCGUGGCCCUGCCGUUCAUCCCCUGGAUGGGACUCAACCGCCCGCUGAGUUUUAGCUCCUGUCUCCUGGUUCAUAUUUUUCCUAAUUUCUUGUUUCUGGCGUUCCUGUUUAACCUGGUGAUAGUUCAUUAUGACAGGUACAUGUGCAUCGUGAGUCCGUUACAUUAUAGUAGCUUCUGGGUUCACCGCCACUUCCCGCUGGCGCUGCUCGCCGUGUGGGCGCCUCCGCUGCUCUACGCCUCCCUGCCCGCCUUCGGCUGGAACAACCGGGCCGGGCCGGGGUGGAACGGCUGCUGUGCAUUUAAUGACACGGGCACGCCGGAUGUGCCGGGGAACUGUUCGACCAUGGCGGCAGCGUUAGCGGCGCCGGUCGGCUCCGAGUGCUGCUCUUACAGACGGGUCUUCCCCAACGCCUUCAUCUACCUCGAGGUGUACGGGCUGCUGGCGCCUGCCAUCCUGUCCAUCGCGGGCAUGACGGGACGUGUGCUGUGGAUCACCCGGGGCCAGAUUAAGGACAUCUGCCGCCUGCACCGCUCCGUGGCGACCAGGGGGGGCGGUCAGGCCUCGGAACGGGAGCAGCGGCUCAACCUCCGCUACACGCGCUGCGUGGCCGCCGUGUCGCUGACCUUCCUGGCCUGCUGGGUGCCCUACAUCAUCUACAUACACGUGUGCGUGGCGUUUCUGCUCAGCGAGGAGACGCGCGGGAACUCCACCACACACAUCGUGCUGUCGUGCACGGGGAUCGGGAGCAUGGCAGUGGUGCCGCUGGUCCUGGGGCUGGCCAACAGGCAGUAUACGGACCCGGUGAGGAAACUCCUCCAUAAACUCAGAGACAGAUGGAGACGGAGGAGGAGACAGGACUCUGAGGAUAUCGCUCUCUGAGUAGCCAGGACAGGACUGCUCUCACUUUGGGGAUGGACGUGUGGGAUUAUAAAUGGGGAUUAUUGCAUAUGGAUUAUGUAGCAUACUCUACUCCUGGAUUACUCUUUGAGUGCAGCGGUGGCCCCGAGUCUGUGGACCCUAGCUGUAAGGGAACAGUUGUAGAAAGACCCCAUUCGAUGUGCAGGACUGGUAGGGUUGCCCCACCUCUCUCAUGCAACCAGAAUUUGCUUCCCAUGUCUGUCAACUCAGAGUCACAGCAACACUUAUUGAAAGCAUGUGUGACUCUUGACAUUGUGGCCAUUGAACACGUUGUGUUUAAAGCCAUCAUUAUACAUAUGUACACUAUUUGGGUAGUCAUAAUAAAUUCAAACAAUCACUGUAAAAGUCACCAAUAUUUUUCUUUUUCUAAUCAAGUUGAUUCAAUCCAUCAGAGAUAAACAUAAUGUUAUUAAUUAUCAACAGAGGCCUCUAU